GGCGUCGCUCGGCGGGUUCCGUGGCGGCGGGGGAUGAGCGCGGAAAGGGCGCGGGAGAUUCGCCAGCUGCAGAAGGCGAAGGAGAAGGCCCAGCGCGGCGGCAACCGGGUGGACGAGGCCGCGGCGUGUAACCAGCUCGGGGAGAUUUUGGCGAGCCAUGGCCGCUACGAGGAGGCUCUGGAGGAGCACCGGCAGGAGCUGCGGCUGCUGGAGGAGGCCGGCGACAGCAUCGGCUGCGCCGUGGCUCACCGCAAGAUCGGCGAGAGGUUGGCCGAGCUGGAGAACUACGAGGCGGCGCUAAAGCACCAACGCCAACACCUGGAGCUGGCUCGUUCCCUCUCGGAUGACACGGAGCAGCAACGCGCCUGGGCUACCAUCGGCCGCACCUACAUGUUCGUGGCCGACAGCCGCUCGCCGGGGGAGGCGGCGCCGGCGCUGCGCGAAGCCGAGCGGGCGUUUCGCACCAGCCUGGCCAUCGUGGAGGAGAAACUGGAAGGAGUCGUGCCGAAGCGGGAGCUGACGGAGAUGAGGACGCGGCUCUACCUCAACCUGGGCCUGGUUUACGACAGCCUGCAGGAAGCGGCCAAGAGCGAUCACUACAUCAAAAAAAGCAUCUUCCUCGCCGAGCAGGGCCGGCUGGACGAAGAUCUCUACCGCGCUUACUUCAACUUGGGGCACAUCCACCUGCGGGAGGGGGAGCACUCCGGGGCCUUGCGCUGCCUGGCGCGGGCGCGCGACUGCGCCCGCAGGAUGAAGGAGAAAGGGAUGGAGAGCGACUGCUGCGGCAGCACGGCCCAGGUCCUGCUGAGUUUGGGGGAUUUCGCGGCCGCCAAGCGCUCGCUGAAGCAGGCCUACGUGCUGGGCUCGCGGCAGCCCUGGCAGCGAGACCUCGUCCGCUCCAACCUGCGCUACGCCAGCAAGGUGGCGCGGCUGCAGGAGGCUCUGGAGGAGGCGGCGGCCGGUGACCCGCCGGCGGCCCUGGCCCUCUGCGAGCAGCUCGGGGACACCUUCUCCAGGCACGGUGACUUCGCCCGCGCCGUCGACUCCUACCAGAGGCAGCUGAGCUUCGCCCAGGCGCUGGGGAGGCCGCCGGGGGAGCUGGCCGUCAUCCACGUCUCCCUGGCCACCACCUUCGGCGACCUGAAGGAUCACGAGCGAGCCGUCCACCAUUACCGGCAGGAGCUGGCCCUGCACCGGGGCAGCGCGCUGGAGGAGGGGAAGACGUGGCUGAACAUGGCGCUGGCCAUGGAGGAGGGGGGCUCCCCCCGCACCGAGCUCCAGCCCUGCUUCCAAAGGGCGCUGGAGCGAGCCGAGGCGGCCGGAGACCCCCGCCUGCAGCGGCAGAUCCUGCGGCACCUCCGCGCGCUGCAGCUGCGGGACGGCGACGCCGAGGCUGCCGCCGCCACCCUGGCCCGGCUCGGGGCGCUGGGGGGCGAGGGCGGGGGGGAGGAGGAGGAGGAGGAGGAGGAGGAAGAGCCGGAGAGCAGCGAGGCUCAGGACGAGAGCGAGCUGGAGCUGUCGGAGAGCGAGGGGGAGGAAGAUGAACUCGAAGGCUACAGCAAGAGCGUCCCCGGGCGCCGGCGGAUCAGCAAGUGGAACCGACGGAACGAGCGGGGCGAGACCCCCCUGCACCGCGCCUGCAUCGAGGGCGACCUGCGCCGCGUCCAGCUCUUCCUCAGGCAGGGGCACCCCCUGAACCCCCGCGAUUACUGCGGCUGGACCCCGCUGCAUGAGGCGUGCAACCACGGGCACCUGGAGAUCGUCCGGCUGCUGCUGGACCGCGGGGCCGCCUUGGACGACCCGGGGGGGCCGGGCUGCGAAGGCAUCACCCCCCUGCACGACGCCCUCAGCUGCGGGCACUUCGAGGUGGCCGAGCUCUUGGUGCAGCGGGGGGCGUCGGUGACGGCCAGGAACGCCAGGGGCCUGACGCCGCUGGGGACGCUGGAGGAGUGGGCGAGGGUCUACAGCCGGGAGCUGGACCAGGAGACGCGGCAGCGGUGCCGGGCGGCCGAGCGGCUGCUCAGGGAGGCGGCGGCGGCACGAGCCGCCCCACAGCCCCCCUCCGAGGAGCCCUUCGACGCCGAGCUGGACGAGCGGCGAAGCCCGGAGCCGCCGGAGCCGGAGGGGGGUGACGUGUCGCCACCGAGGCCGGUGAAGAAGCGGCAGCGGGUGCCGGGGCUCGGCCGGCAGGAGGGAGCGGAGCCGGAGCCGAACGACUACAAAGCCGCCAUCCGGAGCCUCGGCAGCGCCAAACCCCUUCCCGGCGGCUCCAAACCCCUUCCCGGCGGCUCCAAACCCCUUCCCGGCGGCUCCAAACCCCUUCCCGGCGGCUCCAAACCCCUUCCCGGCGGCUCCAAACCCCUUCCCGGCGGCUCCAAACCCCUUCCCGGCAGCACCGCCGCGGUGGCGAUGUGCCAGCAGCCGGCCCUCAUCCCGGCCGAGCAGUACCUGGAGGAGGAGGAUUGGCUGGAAGACGACCUCGGGGUAUCCCGGGGGGGCCGCAAACGGCCGCGCCGGCACCCCCAGGACCCGGCGACGGCUUCGGGGGACAGCGCGGGGUCGGAGAGCGACGGCCCCGCUCCGGCCCGGCACCAGCCGCGGCGCCGCCGGAGCGCGCAAAGCCGCCUCGCCCGCGUGGCGGAGAGGAUCCCCUUGGGACGCUCCCGGGAAUCCCGACCCCUCGAGGCGGCCGGGAGCCCCCUCCCCACCGAGGAGGAGGAUGAGGAGACCCCCCCUUCCCUGCCGGCGCCGCUGCCGGCUCUCCGCGUCCGCGUCCGCGUCCAGGACAACGUCUUCCUCAUCCCCGUGCCCCAAAGCGAGGGCCGCGCCGUGGGCUGGCUGGCGGAGCGGGCGGCCGAGCGGUACUACCAGACCUGCGGGUUGCUGCCGCGGCUCAUCCUGAAGAAAGAAGGGGCUCUCCUGGCCCCCCAGGACCUGGUGGGGGACGUCCUGCAGAGCAACGAGGAGGUGCUGGCGGAGGUGCAGUGCUGGGACCUGCCGCCCUUGGCCGAGCGCUACCGCAGGGCGUGCCAGAGCCUGGCGGUGGAGCCGCACCCGCUGCUGCUGAAGGUGAUGGAGCUGCAGGAGCAGAGCCCAGGGCUGGGGGUCGGGGGGGGCCUGGCCCUGCGCCCCCCGGACCUCCCCCCGUUGCUGCGGGCCCUGAAGCUGCAGGCGCCGCUGCGGCAGCUCCGGCUGCGCGGCUGCGGCCUCCCCGACGCCGCGGCCACCGACCUGGCGGCCACGCUGGCCACCCUGCCCUCCCUCACCCUGCUCGACCUGGCCGGGAACCGCCUGGGCGCCCAGGGGCUGCGGCUGCUCCUGCCCCCCGGCCCCCCCGGCCCCGCCGGCGCCUUCCAGAGCCUGGAGGAGCUGGACCUGAGCCUAAACCCCCUGGGCGACGGCGGCUGCCGGCCCCUGGCCCAGCUGCUGCGGCGCUGCCCGGCGCUCACCACGCUGCGGCUGCAGGCCUGCGGCUUCGGCGACGCCUUCGCCCUCGCCGGUCCCGCCCGGCUGCAGACGUUGGUCUUGUCCCGCAACGCGCUGGGCCCGGCGGGGCUGGGGCGGCUCCUCGGCAGCGCGCCCUGCCGCGGCCUCGCCCGCCUGGAGCUGGGCUCCGUCGCCGGCCCGCCGGGCCCCCAGCCCCUCGCCGGGACCCUCGGCAGGUACCUGGCGCAGGAGGGCUGCGCCCUGAGCCACCUCACGCUCUCCGGGAACCGCCUGGGCGACGGCGACGUCCUGGAGGUGGCCAGGUGUCUCCCCGCUUGCCCGGCCCUGGUUUCCCUGGAUUUCUCGGCUAACCCCGGCAUCGGCGCGGCGGGGCUGCGGGCGCUGCUCUCCGCCCUGGAAGAACGGGGCCAGGGGCUGCGGUUCCUCAGCCUGGCAGGUUGUUCCCUGGAAGGGCCGUUGGACGACGCCACUUGGGCCAGAACCACCGGCAACAUCCGAGACCUCCGGCUCUGCGGGCGGCACGUCGGCAAAGCCCGGCGCGGCCGCGCCGCCGCGGGGUUUUAACCGAUUACACCCCUU